AUGGCUAACGAGGAAUAUGUGACAGAUUCGAGUUCCGAUUUCACUGAAUAUUGGAUAGAUUUAUUUUUAGGUAUAAAAGGUAAUGAAUAUUUUUGUGAUAUUGAUGAUGAAUAUAUUCGAGACCGAUUCAAUUUGACGGGGUUAAAUCUGGAAGUUUCCAAAUUGCCAAUAUUAAUAGAUAUAAUAACUGAUGUUAUAGAUAUAGAACUGCAACCCGAAGAACAUAAAGAUAGUUUGGAACAUAAUGCUCGUAUAUUAUAUGGAUUGAUUCAUGCUAGAUAUAUUUUAACUACUCGUGGAUUAAAUAAAAUGUUUGAAAAAUUUAGAAGUGGUGAUUUUGGUUAUUGUCCAAGAGUUCAUUGUCAAUUAAACCCUUUAUUACCAAUCGGAUUAAAUGAUCAACCAAGAAUGGCAUCAGUUAAAUUGUAUUGUUCUAAAUGUGAAGAUUUGUAUAAUCCUAAAUCAGGUAGACAUUCAGCAAUUGAUGGGGCAUAUUUUGGGACUUCAUUCCCAGCAAUGUUUUUCCAGAAUUUCCCCAAUACAGUGCCAAUACAUGCAAAAGAAACAUAUGUGCCAAGAGUAUUUGGAUUCAAAUUACACGAAUACUCCAAAUUAAAUAGAUGGAGAGAAUUACAAAGAUUGAAGUUGGAAAAUAGAUUGAAAAAAAAUGGUAUACAAAUUGAUAAUGUAGUUGGAGGAUUCAUAACAAAUGGUGACGAGGAGGAGAAACAAGAUAAUAAUAACAAUAAACAACUACAAAGUGUUUCUUCACAAUUCAAGAGUCUCUCGCCAAAUCAAAAGUAA